UCCAUAUUUCCGAGCUAAACCGAGCUAAAACGGGCGACCCAUUAACUCUUGACCCACUAACUCGACCCAGUCCAGGUCAACCCACGGAUUGACAACCUUGCUCCUGAUUGAAGGGAAAAAAACCUUUUUAAAAUAUAAACAAAACAACCCUAUUUAAGGAAAUUUGGGAAUUGAAAAACAUAAACAACCCUAAUCAGCCCAGUCAAAUCGCCUGCGUUCCACAGAUUUCAAGUUUAGUGGAUUUCUAAAUACUAAAUAGCAAUUAAAUCUAUGACUGUCGGUAUGCCACCGCUUCCAAUCUAGUUAUUGUGAGAAAUCUCCGUAUUGACUAGGUACGAGAUAAGUAUGUGUAAAAUCCACAAAAUGUUUGAGGAGUAUGGGACGGGUAUAUUAUUAGCCUCCCCGUUCCAUACUCAUACCCGCCACACUAAAAACAUUACUUUACAUAUAAAAAAUAUAUGUAUCAAAUAGUAACUUAUCAAUAAUAAUGAGGAUAACACAGAAAAUUAAAUAGUAAAAAUACAAUUGCGUGGCCACACAAAUCAAAACCUACUAAUUCUUUUUUCCCAACUCUCACUUCACUCUCACUUCUUCUCUCAUAUUAACAAGAUUAUGUUAGUUAUUACUUAGUAGAGGUACGGAGGGUUAAUUCCCAAAAUAUAAGUCUUUUUUAUUUACCACAGAUAUAGCGGUUUUAAAAGUGUUGACAGGGAUAUUGUGUUUUGGAGGGGAGAAAUAGCGAGUUCGCCUUACAUGCUUACACUCAGGCGGAUCCGAUUUUUGAGCUUUUUAAUUUGGAAUGAGCGGACCCGCUCGAGUCUGAGGUGGAUUUGUUGGCGUAGAUAGCGAAGACUCCCUAAACAAUUGACCAGCGGAGCCGCUCCUGUCUGAGGCGGAUUCGCUGACUUGCCCACCCACUCCAGCACCAUAUAAUGAACGAUUUCCUUUUAGUUGCUCACCACACAAAAAAGAACCGAUGUUAUGAAGCUAAACGAGAGGAGCUCUGCUGGUUACCGCAAAGAUGGCUAAUAGGUAAAAGACACAUUAAUUUUUUUAAUUAUAUUCUUAAAAUGCAAUUAUGAUUUUUUUAGUUAGUAAUUAGUGAAUUUGUUUUUUAUGCUGAUUUUAGAAGAUUUGAAACUGGUCGUUCGGUGAAAAUCAGAGAAAGUAGAGGACAAUUUGGGCGUCCAUUUCGUUGGUGGUAGAAGCUUUCAGUUGACAGUUCCAUGCAGAGUGACAUAUCAUCAAUUUUGUGAGAAUCUAAUUUCGAGAAUAUGGCGUAAAGACGAAACAGUACAAGAUAGUGAUAUGAUCACAGGUUUCACUUACGGUCUUCCAGAAUGGCAGAAUGGUGUUAUAUUUUAUUAUGCAAUGCCUAUUGUGGAUGAUUAUAGCUUGAAUGUGCUUUUCAAUUUUAAGGCACAAAACCCUUAUUGUUUGGGUGCUGAGAUACAUGCUGAGAUUAGUCAGAACCAGGGUGAAGAUGAGACAUGGAGUGUGUCAUCUGAUGAUGACUAUGAUGAGGGUGAGGAGGAAUAUGACGAGUAAGAGCUGGAGGAGGAAAGGGAAGGGGAAGAAGAGCCUAAUUAUACUCCAGAUCUUUACUUGCGGGGCAAUGAAGAGGACGAUGAAUUUCAUAUGUUGAUUCAUAUGGCGCAAUUCCAAUGCCUAUCGUUGGUGGUUUUGAAGGAGAAUUCUACAAGGGGCAGAUAUUUCACUCCAAACAAGUUACACAAGUAACAAUUAAAUACUAAGCACUACAACGCAACUUUUAGUAUGUAGUGGUGGAGUCGUCACCUUCAAUAUGAAAGGUCGGAUGCUUGAAGCACAAUGAUAACAAUUGUGCUUGGAUGGUGCGGUUUGGAUGUCGAGAUGUUGGAAGCGAAUGGACUGUUAGAAAGGUCGAGUUGGUGCAUUCUUGUAGGAGUACGACUCAACCGAUGGAUCAUCGCCAUCUUGAUAUCGACGUUAUAUAUGAGUUCGUGAAGCAUUUGAUACGUGCUCAACCAAAUAUGAGUGUUCUAACUAUGCAGGCCGAGUUGAAAGAUAAGUGUAAUAUGCAAUUUACUUACAAGAAGGCUUUGUAUAAGAAACAAAGAGCAUUGGAGAAGUUGCAUGGAAAUUGAGAAGAAUCCAACGAUUAUUUGCAAACGCACUUGCAGGUGGUAAAGAGAAAAAUGCCAACAUCAGUGAUUGAUUGGGUAAGAGUUCCUUCAUCGCAACCAGGUCAUUUGAUCUUUCAGCGAGUAUUCUAGGCUUAUGGACCUUGUUUAGAUUGAUUCAAGAAUUGUCUAGGAGUCAUGGUUGUUGAUGUAACAUUUCUUACUAGAAAUUAUAAAGGAAUGCUACUCAUGGCGAGCUCAUUUGAUGGUCAGGAGAAGAUUUUUCCAAUUGCAUUUGCCAUAGCGGAGAGCGAGAAUACUGAUAGUUGACCAUGGUUUAUAAGACACCUUCAAGGUUUGACCGAUCGAAAUGAUGUUUGCAUCAUCUCAGAUAGACAUGCAUGACUCUAUGAAGCCAUGAGUGACAUCACAAGAGGUUGGGAGUGGAGGUGGUACAUGCGCCACUAUGCAAGCAACUUCCAAAGGAAGACUAAAAGCAGGAUUAUGUAUAAUCAACUGUUUCGAGUCGGUAAGCCUUCUUCAUCGUUAUGGUUAUUUAUUGUUAUGUAUUAUUUAUUUUCAUUUAAUUUUGUCAUUGAUUUAUCUAACUCGUGUGGUUAUUUAUUUUGUUAGCGGAGAAAAACGAUUGGAGAAGUUCGAUCGUCAAGUUGAGCAAUUUAAGAAGAUGGUCGCUGAUAGAAAUAUUUCUUGUGAUAACUGGGUGGACCAAAAUCAACUUCGUUAGAGCUUAGCACAUGAUAACCAUUAUGGUGGGAAUCGAUGGUCUAUCAUGAAAUCCAACAUGGCAGAGAGCAUCAAUGAUGUUUUCAAAGAUAUUCAUUCACUUCCCGUACCUUCUCUUGUACAACAUACUUAUUGGCGAUUAUUGGAGAAAUUCGAUAAGAUGAGGUUGGAGACAGAAGCACAAAUCAGAAAUUGUCAUUCACAAUACACCAAGUUUGUCGAAGAUCUUAUGAAGUCGUGGGCACAAAAGGCAGUUGGACAUUCCGUGACGGAGGUGGAUGAGUGGAUCGACGUCAGGGCAUCUAUGUAGUUACUCACAACAAUUUCAACAUGACAGGAUGGUACGUGACUAUAUGGGUCGUACCUCGAAUAUGAUAAACUCGAUCACUAGCUUAUAGUGCACAAAACUUAUUUUAAUUCCAUUUUAUGCGUAUUUCUAAUUUUAGUUCACCUAGUAAAAUCUAUCUAAUCUA